CUGAAAAUCGCAAGGAAAAGGCCUCAGAUUCUUCGGCCAAAAAACACAGGUUGGUCUCUUCCCCUCGAUGCUGAAAACCCAUCCUUCUGGUCAGCCCUGCAGCAGAUCGGUAGGUAGCGCUUUCUAUGGUGGUGCCCUCCCUUGCUCUAACUCGCAUCCUGAGCGAUGAUAUCGAGUAUAUGUAUUUAAGAAUCUUCACCCUAUAAGCACAGGUCGAUCUCUUCCCCUCGACGCUGAAAACCCAUCCUUUUGGUCCGCCCCGCAGCGGAUCGGCUGAUAGGGCUUUCUAUGGUGGUGUCCUUGUUCUACCUCUCAUCCCGUAAGUCAAGAUUUCAGCAACUAUUUAUGUUAUUGUUUCUUACGUUAUAUAUACUUUGCAGUUGCACAAAUGGAGACCCAAUCCCAAACCCAAUUUCCAUAGAUCCGGUAUUUUUAUUAGACUGUUUGUUAUUAUCAACACCCUUUCCCUCAAAACCAUGAGUAGUUAUAGCUCGCUAAUCAGCGCCAUGUCUUUUCUUUUUCUUCUUCUUCUUCUUUAAUAAGAAAUUUUGACUGUAAUUCUGUAGCUCAAAGUUGAACCACUUUUUGACUCUGUUUGGGUGAAUCGUUCUUCAUGGGGGUAAAGUGGCGAUCUUGUUAGCUGGAAAAAACACGAAAACAAAUACAUUCAUGUUCCAGCU